AACCGCGCAAAACUCAUCUAAACUGGGAGGAAAUUGAAAAUUGACAAAAUGAGUGCGUUCCUGGAGUUCAUUGAGAUGGACAAUUUCAAGUCCUACAAGGGGAACGUGUGUAUUGGGCCUCUGAAGGAAUUCACAGCUGUCAUCGGUCCAAAUGGUUCGGGCAAAUCCAACUUCAUGGAUGCCAUCAGUUUCGUGAUGGGUGAGAAGACCAGCGUUCUCCGGGUGAAGCGUCUCAGCGACUUGAUUCACGGCGCCGCCAUUGGAAGGCCCGUGGCGAACACUUGCUCAGUGACGGCGAAAUUCAUCCUUCCGGACAGGUCUAAAAUCGACUUCCAGAGAUCUGUGGUGGGCUCAUCUUCAGAGUACAAACUCAAUGGAACGAGCGUUAAUUCGGGAAAAUACACCAAUGAACUGGAGAAACUAGGGAUAAAUGUGAAGGCGCGCAACUUCCUAGUCUUCCAGGGCGCCGUGGAAAGCAUUGCUAUGAAGAAUGCAAAAGAGCGAACGACGUUGUUCGAAGAGAUCAGCUCUUCUGGCGCCCUGAAGGAGGACUACAAUCGCUUGAAGCGUGAGAUGCAGAUGGCCGAGGAGGAGACGCAGUACACGUACCAGAAGAAGAAGGGCAUUGCGGCUGAGCGGAAGGAGGCGAAACUGGAGAAGCUCGAAGCGGACAGAUAUGCCAGGAUCAAGGAUGAAUACGCUGACUUGCAGGUGGUGUACAAUCUGUUCAAGUUGCAUCACUGUGAGAAGGACAUUGACUCGCUGAAUGUGGAGAUGGAGGCGAAGCAACAGGAGAUUCAGGGUGCGGAGCAGCGAAAGGAGCAGGCGGACGAUGUACUGAAGGACAAGAAGAAGGAGGCUGGCAGGAUUAGUCGAGAGCUGGCCAAGUUGGAUCAGGACAUUCGAGAUGUGGAGACGAAUAUGUCCAAGAAGCACCCCGUGUUCAUCAAGGCGAAGGAAAAGGUGGCGCACACGCAGAACAAAUUGGAUUCCGCCAAGAAGACACUCGAUCAGGCGAACAAAGCCGAUCAGGCUCACCAGGCUGACAUUGAGAAGCUGGAAUCUGAGUUGGCGGCUAUUGAGAAGAAGAAGGGCCACUAUGAGGACGAGAUGGCGGGUGAAUCUCGUCGGCGAGGAAUCAACACGAGCUUGGAGUCAAAUCAGGUGCAGGAAUAUGACAGGCUGAAGCAAGAAGCAGACGCCACAGCGGCAAAAUUCCUGUCCAAGCUGGAUUCGGUGAAUCGUGAGCAAAAGUCGGAUCAGGAUUUGAAGGAUAGCGAGAUAAACAAGAGGAGCAACAUAGAGGAGCAGAUCAACAAGUUCACACUGGAGAAGGAGGAAGUGAUAAAGCGCAAGAUGAAGCUGCUGGAUCACAUACAGUCGAGCGAGAUGGCUCUGCAGGAGCAGAAUCGCAUCAAGCAGGAGCUGAAGUCGGAUGUUGGCUCGUCCAAGGAUCGCAUCACGGAGCUUCAUCGUGAGUUGGAGGAUGUGCGUGAUCAACUGGGCGAUGCCAAGGUGGAUAAGCACGAGGAUGCGCGCCGAAGGAAGAAGGAGGAGGUGGUGGAGCUGUUCAAGAAGGAAGUCCCUGGUGUAUACGAUCGCAUGAUCAACAUGUGUCAGCCGAUCCACAAGCGCUACAAUGUGGCGAUCACAAAGGUGCUGGGAAAGUAUAUGGAGGCGAUUAUUGUGGACACCGAGAAGACGGCUCGACGAUGCAUUCAGAUUCUGAAGGAGCAGAUGCUUGAGGUGGAAACCUUCCUGCCACUGGAUUAUCUGCAGGCGAAGCCACUGAAGGAGCGUCUCAGGAACAUUGCUGAGCCACGCAAUGUGAAGUUAGUGUAUGAUGUUCUGAAGUUUGAGCCUCCACAGAUUGAAAGAGCCGUUCUGUUUGCCACAAACAAUGCUUUGGUGUGUGAAACUCCGGAGGAUGCCAUGAAGGUGGCGUAUGAGAUGGACAGGAGUCGCUAUGACGCCCUUGCUCUCGAUGGCACGUUCUAUCAGAAGAGUGGCAUCAUCUCCGGUGGCAGUCACGAUCUGGCGAGGAAGGCGAAGAGAUGGGAUGACAAGCACAUGGCGCAGCUGAAAGCGCAGAAGGAGAAGCUGAACGAAGAGAUGAAGGAGUUGCUGAAGAAGUCUCGCAAACAGGGCGAAUUGACGACAGUUGAGAGUCAAAUCAAGGGCUUGGAGAAUCGUCUGAAGUACAGCAAGAAUGAUCUUGAGGCCAGCAACAAGUCCAUGGAGGAGUAUGACAAACAGUUGGGGAGUCUAGAGGCUGAAUUGGCGGCGAUUGGGCCCAAGAUUGCGGCCAUUGAUCAUCGGAUGCAGACUCGUGAGGAGCGCAUUCAGGACAUCAAGAUGAACAUGAACUCGGUGGAGGACAGGGUGUACGCGAACUUCUGCCGACGUAUCGGUGUGGCCAAUAUCCGGCAGUAUGAGGAGCGCGAGCUGGUGAUGCAGCAGGAGAGGGCGAAGAAGAUGGCGGAUUUCGAGCAGCAAAUCGACAAGAUAAUGACACAUCUGGACUUUGAGCGCAGCAAGGACACGAAGAAGAAUGUGCAGCGCUGGGAGAGGACGGUACAGGAUGAGGAGGAUGCACUGGAGACGUUCCAGCAGGCGGAGUUGCGGUACAGAUCGGAGAUUGAGACAGACAAGCAGCACAUUGAGCAGCUGAAGCAGGAGAAGCAGGCGAAGAAGAGCCAAGUGGAUCAGAUGGAGUCGGAGACGGCCAAGGCGCGUCGUGAUGUAGCUCAACUGGCCAAGGAGUUGCACACUCUCGGCACCCAGUUGAGUGGCAUUGAGGCGAAGAUUGAGACGAAGAAGAACGAGCGACAUAGCACGCUGAUUCAGUGCAAGAUGGAUGAUAUUGUCAUUCCCAUGUUGAAUGGGAACAUGAAUGACAUCGUGCAGCCGGGCCAGGAUGGGGAUAGUGCGUCGGCGUCCGGGACCAACACCACAGCCAUUUAUGCUCGUGAGAAUGCCCUGCAGAUUGACUAUGGGAAGCUGAGGCGAGAUUUAAGGGAUGCCAGAAAUGCGGACGGAGUGAAGAAGAAGCACGAUGAGUUGCUGAAGGAGUUGCAGACGAAGCAGGAUAUCCUAGAGAGCAUCCAGACGCCCAACUUGAAGGCCAUGCAGAAACUGGAUCUGGUGUCUGAGAAGGUGGCGUCGACCAAUGAGGAGUUCGAGAAUGCCAGGAAGAAGACAAAGAAGGCCAAAACGAACUUUGAGAAGGUGAAGAAUGAGCGCUGCAACAGAUUCACGAACUGCUUCAAUCACAUCUCCGAGGCCAUUGAUGGGAUUUACAAGUCGCUGGCGCGCAAUGAGGCUGCCCAGGCGUACUUGGGUCCGGACAAUCCCGAGGAGCCCUUCCUGGGCGGCAUUAACUACAACUGCGUGGCGCCGGGCAAGAGAUUCCAGCCCAUGGCGAACUUGAGUGGUGGUGAGAAGACAGUCGCCGCUCUGGCGCUCCUCUUCGCGAUCCACAGCUACCAGCCGGCGCCCUUCUUCGUGCUCGACGAGAUCGACGCGGCGCUUGACAACACCAACAUCAGCAAGGUGGCGUCUUAUAUUCGUGACAAAACGCAGAAUCUCCAGACAAUCGUCAUUUCGCUGAAGGAAGAAUUCUAUUCGCACGCCGACAUCCUGAUUGGAAUUUGCCCAGAUGCCGGUGAUUGUCUCAUCUCUCGCGUCUUCUCCUUUGACCUGAGGUCUUUCGAAGUUCGCGACAAUUAAUUUGUAUAAUUCCUUGGAUAUGAAAUCCAGUAGUUUUUGCUAUUCUCAUGAUUAACUCGUAAAUGAUUUUGGAAAACAAAUGAAGUCCUUGAAGUAUUGAAAUAAAAACUCUUGCGUAGAUUAGAAAAUUUAUUAG